AUGCGACCAAAGAACCAGCUCGGUUGGAAAUCUGUUGGUUUGAAAGUGAUUCUGUCUGCGGUGACAUCAGAGAAACAUGGUGACUCAGCCACUAACCGCUGCUGUCUCAGGCUGGAGAGGUACAUGGUGAGAAAGGCGGUUACCUCACAUGUCAAGUGGAAGCAGGGGCUUUGUGUAUAUGUGGGUGUGUGGAAUAAUAGCAUGUGACACGUCCCUUGCAGACUGUCUACAGUAUUAUUAGUAUAAUUGGUCUGUUGCUUUGCCCUUCAUUUUCCUACUUUUGGUUGCUGUUAGUGAGAGCUGUGCAGAGAAUUGGUGGCCUCACUCACAUUAUUAAAAAUACUGACAGUAUUGGGUUUUGGCCUGAUUGUGUCCACUGUGAGACAAUCAUUAUGACAUCCAUUUAGUGUUUUGUUAGCUUUUUGAACCAAGCAGCUUUAUUGACAGCCUCAGCUGGAUAGGACAUGUCGUAGCUGAUUGAGAGAGACAAAGCAACCCGAGGUUCUUUGAAAUUCAAUCGAUGCACACCAACAUUAGUCCAGCAGCAGGUCCUCAAAAAAGGGCUUAGUUUUUGAGAUACCCCUACCCGAGUUGGAACCAACCACAACCAUGUUUUUUCUUGUCUUUGGUGUCUCCCAUUAAUUAAAUGGAUUGUUGUGAAAUUUUAUUUUGGGGCAAAAUGUUUUUUUUUGUUUGUUUGUUUGUUUGUUUUUUUGGCUGUUCUUUACACCUACCCAAUCUCUGAAAAGUGAAAAUCCAAAUGGGGCAGAUGUGCCAAAAAAAGCCAAUAACUUGACAAUUCUCACUCUUUUUUUCAUUGAAUUUGCUGAGGUAUUAACUAGGUGUCACCAAAAAGUCAGAAAGUAAUUUACCUAAAUAAAUAGUGAAAUAUAAUCCUUUAUACCUACCUUUAGUUUAGGCAGAUAUUGUACUUUUGUGGUGAGGUCUCCUUUACUUUCCCUGAUUUACCAAAAAAAGCAUACAUUUUUGUCAAAUAAGCUGUUUCUGCAUUGCCUAAGAUGCUAUUAAACAAUAACUAGUAGUUGUGUGGAGACAACUAUUACAGCUUAUUGCAAAUUAGACUUCUUGAGACAAAGACCUUCUCUGGAAUCGUUAAACAUUAUUUUCAUGUUGGCAUAACACUUUACUUUUUGAUAAAAUAAAAAGUCAAAUUCCUUCUGAGUUGGCAUUGCUUAACCCUCCCUGAAUAUCCAUUGUUGUGUUUUGGGAGUAUGUAUCCUUAUUGUGGCAAUUAAUUAUGAAAGCAGAACUAUACUCAGUAACACAUUGCUGUGUGUGGCAAGGGCAAUAUAAAGUCCUGUCAUUCAUUAAUAGAAAAAUCAUUGUCAUUAUUUUUUUUUUAAUUCAGUAGCAAGAACUUUAUAUACACCCAAACAAACCAAAUGUGCAUAAAUUCAUUAAUUCAGCUGAGAAUCAGAGGCCUCUAAAUACAGAAAAGCAUUAAAUGGAGUCCUGUUAAUUAAAGAAGUAAAUUGAAGUCAAUUAAGUUCAUCCAAUGGGAGCAGGGGAAGAACCGCACAGGGGCAGGGGGAAAAAUAUGCACUGUGCCACAAAUGGAGGGACUCCCCAAUCAAAUGCCCCAAAAUAAAAUUUCACAACAAUCCAUUUCAUUAAUGGGAGACCCUAAAGAUAUGAAAAAACAUGGUUGUGGUUGGUUCUAAUUCGAGUAGGGGUGUCCCUGAGGGCCUCUGCUGCGAGAGUAUAAGAUGAUCUUUACUCUUUAAAUUGCUUUAUAUAUUUCUUUCAGCCCGGAUUCAUCUGUGAGGAGUAUAUACAGUAUUUACUUACAGCCAACUGCCAUUUAUCACAUUUGGCAUCGCCAGUUGACUCCCAUCAGCCUGUAGAGAGGAGUCACCUCACUGACCAAAGCAUGAUGAUGAAAAAGAUGCCUUUUUCUCAAAAAACCUACAACCUGGUUAUUUACCAAAGUGCUUAUCCAGGUAGUUCUGUGUUCCCUGAAACAAACUCAAAGACGAAUGACUCAGCUAGAUUUGUCUGUGGAAAUGUGUAAAUCAGUUCACCUGAAAUCAACCCCACACAGUCAGGCUUCAGUGUUAAAUGACCUAAUUUCUGUGUUUUUAUUUCAUCAGCAGAUUAAAUGUCACAGCUGGCAGAGCCCCUCAGUGUGCUGUAAACCCUCUUAUAAGAAUAAUACAAGGUAAAUAUUGGGGUUAAAAAAAUACUUUACAAUACAAUUUUAAAUCACCAAUCAGUGACUGUUUGUUUUGGUUUGAUAUACAGUUAAAAAGAUGUGUUAUCAUUCAAAAAAGAUGACUGUGGUAUCGACCUUGUGAGGACUGAUGUUGAUAUGUCAAAAAUAAGAGAGAGAGAGAAGUGGAGAAGGAGUGAGAGAGAUCCAAAGACCGUGAGAUCGACGGAUCAGGAGAUCCAGUGAUCCAGAGAUCGAUAGAUAGAGAGAUUGAGAGAUCCAAAGAUUGAUAGAUAGAGAGAUCCAGAAAUCAAAAGAAUUAUUUCAUUUGUAAAAGUCUGAACAGACACAGUUGUCUUAUUUGAGUGUAAUGGAAAUUGAAGCUGAGAGCAUGGAGGAAAACACCUAGACGUUACCUCCAGCCAAACAUGUCCACCUAAAGAUGUGGACAUCUUAAAUCUUUAAUAACAGGAUACCCUGAGCAUGGACAGCAGCUCCACAUGCACCUUUGUGUGAUCUUCUGCAGAGUCAGACAUCUCUAAGAGGACCACAUUUGACAUAGGACCAGAGGAGAGCAGGAGUCUGUCCUCCACCAGCUCAGAUGUAGAGGAGGUGAGUAAAGAGACGGUCAGGACUCUGAGCCUGCAGUACAAACUAAGUUACUAAAUUAUCAAGAAACUGUUUGAUACACAGGAUAGGAAAGAACUUACAAGAUCAUUUUUAAGGGUUGACACAAUUUAACAAGAAAAUUUAACAUCUGGGCAAGAUAAUGAAUCAUUUUGCAGGGAAAGAGUUUUUUAUUUUUAAGAUUUAGAGCAGUCAUUACUUCUGUUUAUCAAUUGUUUGACAAAAACUCGUUUUUUACAUCAGUUAAGUCUAAAUUCAUAAUUUAUUUCUUCACUGAUUUCACUGUUGUACCCUCUCUAGACAGAUGGUUUUAAAAUGACUUCUUAUCUUAGCUCCAGUUUUACAGCUUUUGUUUGUUUGUUUCUCCUCCAAAUGUCUUAUUUGACCAUAACAGAUAAUAAACCAGAGAGCAUGGAAGAAACCCCCAUCCCUCCUGAGUUCCCAGUAAACCUGGCAGAGGUUAUAUAAAUAACCUCACUGUGUCUACGUUUUUUGAAGAUCCUGAUGAGCUUCUGGAGAGUGAUGAUCUGUUGGAGGGCCAAGACAUUACCUCCAGCCAAACAUGUCCACCUAAAGAUGUGGACAUCUUAAACCUUCCACAACAGGAUUUCCUGAGCAAAGCCAGCAUCUCCACAUGCACCUCUGUGUGGUCUCCUGCAGAGUCAGACAUCUCUGACCACAUUUGGCAUCAGACCAGAGGAAAGCAGGAGUCUGUCCUUCAUCAGCUCUGACGUAGAGGAGGUGAGUGAAGAGGCUGUCCCUCCAAACUUAAUUAAUCUCCAAUCAUCUUUGAUGGGCAUAUUUAUUUCCAUACAUUUAGAUGAACUUUGGAUUCAAAAAGAUGUCAGGUAAAGCUCACAGUCCUCUCAUGUUUGUGUUUCUUCUCCAGAAGUUUGAUUGCAGUCACAUGGACGAAGAAGAAAGAGAACUGAUGAACUGUGACGAUCUUCUUGAGGAUGAAGACUUCUUCCACAGUUCUUCACCAGCAGAUGAGACAGAGUCAAACAGUUGGACUUAGGGCUCCCUCAGGUUGGGACUGCAGCUCCACAUGUGCCAAUAGAGUUGGCUAUUAAUCCCGUGAGAGCAAAAACCAAACAGAUGAAUCUGUGAAGGUCCUCAAGAUAGAGGUGAAGAGCUGUCUCCCAGGACCCUCAGACAAUAAAGAUGGGGAUUCAUCCCCCUUGGAAGAAACAUGCAGAAGAGGAAACAGUAUCCUCUGAUGUCCCUGCUCCUGCUGCCUCUAAGACAUUUUUUUAAAUUGAAGUUCAGAGGUCGUCUGAGGAGAAACAUUUCUGAUAAAAAUGAGAAGGAGACAGAAAAAAGAGGUUCCUACAGUGGAUCAGAAGGAAGAGAGUCCAGCCAACCCCCCUCAAAAAUGUGAAUGAGGUCCAGUCUGACAGCAGCGCUGGAGAGAACAAAAAGACUCUUACCUCCAGUGAAGACGACCCCGUGGCCAGUUCUCCUCAGCUGGAGGACAAUGAAACAUUUUUGCCGUGUCAAAGCAAAAUUUCCCAAAAUAUCACGAAAGUCAAGGUCCAAGAUCUCUGUGGACCACAUUGAGCCAGAACUCGAGGGUCCAGAAAACAACCAAAGUGCUGAACCAAAAUCCAAGAAGAGCAAGCGGCUCAGGAAAUUCCUCAGCAAUACAUUCUCAAAGGUAAGGAUGGAUUUACUUGUGAAUUGUUAGGUGGUUCAUGAAGGAAAUAUGCUGCAGUGGUCCAGACCUGAUGUUUUUGGACAUUUGGAGUUGAUAUUUCUGGACUAAUUGUUUGUCAUUUUUACAUAAAGAUUGAGAAGAAGCUGAGGACAGAGGAGAAAGAGGAGAAGAAGGAGGAGAAGGAGGAGAAGGAGAAGGCUUCAGCUGACAGUGAUGUUGGCUCACCUCCAUUCUGGGUUCGGCUGGUCUGCGGCCGUCAAGUCAGACGCUUACACCCAGAACUUUAA